ACCGGUUUAGUCUUGUCCCCUUCAUCCACAUGGUGGGAAAGACAAACCAGGUUUAUGACACACACAUCAUUAACAAAGGGUUGAGUUGCUCGGCAUUUGUUCACAUGGUGGUGUGAGGACCGAGACCUCGAAAAAAAGAAAAGAAAAAAAGAGUGAAGAUCACCUGGAGUGAUGUAACUGCUUCUGGUGACAGACAGCAGAGGACAGUGGGCUGGCUGUCAGCCAGUCUCAGGUGGAGCUGCCGCUCAGACUCUCCAACACUCACACGGGGACAGGCACAGCACGGUCAUGAAGAUAACCUGAAGGAUCACAGUUUGGUGCCAAAGGCAGUACCUGUGGGGAGUCAUGACGGACUUUUGGCUGAUUUCUGUUCCACUGGACAAAACAAGUUUAACCAGUGUAGAGAAACUCAAACGCACCAUUGCCAAAACCAACCUGGCCUCCUCAUGCUGCAAGUUCUCCAUUCCAGAUCUCAAGGUGGGAGUACUGGACAGUCUGCUCAGCGUGUCAGAUGAUCUUUCCAAACUCGACACGCUGACUGAAAGUGUGAUCAAAAAAACAUGCCAGUGUAUGAAGGAGGUGCUGGAGUCUAGUGACAAAGUGCUGGAAAAUGCUUUGGCCAAUGGAGACCACAGCAAGAACCAGAGAGCAGCCCUGUCACCCCUGAAAGCUUACCUCAAGUCUCUGAGGGUUGACUUGAUGAACUUCAUGAUCAAGUUUCAGUGGGACAAAGCAAAGUAUCCUACAUCUCUACCUCUCUCCAGCCUGGCAGAAAUCAUCAACAAGGAAGUUUCGCAGGUGGAGGCAGAGUUAAAAUCUCGUUCUGCAGCGUACAACAGUGUGAAAGCGAGCUUGCAAAACCUCGAGCACAAACUAGAUGGCAAUUUACAAACUUGCAGUCUGAAUGAUGUCAUGAGGAAAGAAGACCUGGUGGUCUCAGAGUACCUCACCACUCUGCUGGUAGUGGUGGCCCGAGGGAGCUACUCGCAAUGGGAGAGGAGUUACGAGUCCUUGUCAAAAUUUGUGGUUCCGCGGUCGAGCAGGAAGCUGUAUGAGAACGGAGAGGGGGGAGUCUUCUCAGUGACACUUUUCAAAAGAGCUGUGUGUGAAUUCAAAGCCAAAGCCCAGGAGAGCAAGUUCUUCGUGCGCGACUACAGCUUUGAUCUGGAGGAGCAGAAGCAGCGGGAGAUUACGCAGCUUAGUUUUCACAAAAAGGAGCAAUAUGUGAGUCAAACAUUACAUACGCUCUCUGAAGUUUUUUUUUUAUGUUGUGGUGUAUUAUUAAUGCGCUUCUCUCUUUCACAGGGAAUCUUUGUACGCUGGCUGAAGGUGAAUUUCAGUGAAGUGUUUGUUGCCUGGAUUCACUUGAAAGCAUUGCGGGUGUUUGUGGAAUCAGUGCUGAGGUAUGGGUUACCUGUCAAUUAUCAGGCUCUUCUACUGCAGACUGACAGGAAGCACUCGAAGAAACUGAAAGAAGAACUCGCUUCACUGUUUGUGCAUCUGGACCCCACCGCCAGCAUUACUGAUGUGAGCUGUGACAUCCCAGGACUCUGUCAGCAGGAGUACUUCUCCUACAUCUGCUUUCAUAUCAGCACCAACGUGUUGGACAUCAGCUAGCUGUCAACAGCGAGACUGAAAGAGCAAGCACACACAAGCUGUGGUUUGUUCCCAUUCAGUCACUCACAGCCAGAAACAUAAAGACCCUGAUCGCUAAAAUAAAACCGGAGAAUAAAAAUAUAUUGUUUUCAACAUUUCUCUUAAAGGAGAAAGAUGUAAGGUGUAAAUACAGGAAGGUGUAAAUAAUCCUCGGGUCGUCUUCGCCACAAAGCAAGCUGCACGUGUCCUGUGUUUGUCAUGUGCUGUGCGUGGAAUUGUGGAAAACCUUAAAAUAUGUGUAAUAUCAAAGGGAUGUUUUUUUUUCAGGGAUUCAUUUUAAAAGUAUAUGUACUGUAAAUAUUAAUGUUGGCUUCAAACAUUUUAGGUGAGCACAUUAUUUCUAGAAAUCUUACAGCUUGCACUAAUAAAAUGGAUUUCUUCAUGCACCAUUGCCUGUUAUUCUGCAAGACAGCCUAAUACAUUUAGAAAUGCAUUAUCCAGAGAAUGGAUUCAUGAAUCUGUAUAGAAACAUCACUUGUGACCCAAUUUAGAUCAGAAUGUUCGUGUGUUGCAAGUCUCAAAAUCUUAAAGUGCUGUUCUGCUCAUUUUCAACUCCAUAGUGUUUUUUCUGGAUUCUAAUAAAGUACUUUUGCAUGAUUCACAGUUCACACCUAUGCUAUAUCAGGCCCUGGUGCAGCUUCUUAGAUCCUCCCCCCUUUAAGCCCACCCUCCCUUUUUAAACCAGCUUUUUUCUCACUGGUUGCCUUUCAUAAAUAGAAACUUUGAGAGCAGGUGAGUGAGGCUGCUGUGCUCAGAGCCAGAUCUGUGUGCCUGAAAUGACCAUAUUUGGAGUUUCCCCUCAGUGAUAUCACACUAAUACAAGGGUGAGAAAAGAGCUCUGUGUGUCCUUUUGCCAUUCAC